CAGUCGUCGUGGGUGUAUAUCGAGCAUCCGGUGGCUUGGGCCGCCAUUUUACAUUUUCUGUCUACUGCGGUGUGCCUCGUGCUGGCUGGCAACUGCUUUACACCACAUCCUGCGGACCUGCUGGUCUUAAUUAUGCGCUAACAGUGGCAACGCUUGUCGACGUUGUACCCUACCCGUGUUCCCGCCUUGGGGCGACUCUGGAAGAACUGCUUCAUGCACCAGGCCUGCAAAAAUGUGAGGCACGCUUCGAGAGACUUUGUGCCCGGCCCACCUGCCGUCUCCGUCUCGGCAAUUCCUCGCCCUCCCGGAGUGUGACUGCCAGCCGGCACUUCACCCUUUGGGGCGUAUGCUAGGUUACUAUAUGCCAACGACACUCCGCUCGAGCCGGCGCAGUGUAUAAGUCGCAUCGUGCCUGCCUAGUACUCGUAUUUUCUGUUUUUUUUUUGUGCGCGUUCCCACUCGUCGGCGACGCCAGGACUAUGAACUGCGGGUGAGGAACUCUGUCCGCGGCUGUUAACCGAGGACCUGCGCGGCCAAGCCUUCAUCACAGCGAGCGUCGUCAUGGCGACCUUCCACGCGUCGAGCGUCGUAAACGCUCACCAAGUAGGUGCCCAAGCUGGCGAGGGUGGCGCAUGCCUAGAAAAGUCAACUGUUAGUUUAGUUUCACUAGUUAGCGCUUGCUACGAUUGUUAGCUACAUUUAAAAUUAAUUUUGUUUCUUAGCUGUAAGCCUGAAGUUUCGUGGGCAUAGCUUGCGGCCACAUGGGUCUUCUCCGUGCCGGAACCGAAGAGGACGGGCCACAUGUGCAGGGUGGCGGCGCAUAUAGCUUCAGACUUGGCGAAUUGCGGGCAGGCUAGCUGACAGCCGUCCUCUUUCGACUGCGUCAGGGACAUGGACCCUUCCGAAGUGCCUUGCGACCCGACCCCACUAUCUCGUGACAAGGUAGCCCGGGCGCGUCAGUGCUAUCGAGCGAAAUGUGGAAUCACGGAAGCAAAUCGCAUUCGGAAAUUGACUCGCCAGCUUUACUAAUCCUGUUAAUGCAGCACUCGACGCCGGAUGUCGCCUGCUGUGUUCAUCGGAGCACGGCUGGGCAGAAGCUGCAGUAAGCGUCGCGUUUCGUUGCCGUUAUUGCUGUUGUUUGGUCAUCUCCGUGCAUCUGGUCAUCUCCGUGCAUCUGGUCAUCUCCGUGCAUCUGGUCAUCUCCAUGCAUCUGGUCAUCUCCAUUCCAUGGUCAUCUCCAUGCACUACUACGUGGUUUUGACAUCUGCUUUCGAUGGUGGCCUACGAGCGGAAAGGAUAUCCAGCGUGCUGUUUCACAUUUGCCAUCCUCCCAACGUCCCCCACAGGAGAUGGCCUUGAGCACCACUCAUAUACUGUGGCUGACCGCGUUGGCUCCAUUGAACUUCCACACCCAUGAUGUCCUGCUGGCAGCCGUGACUUCGUUUGGAGCCUUGCUACUACUGGAUCUUCACUUCUAUUUUCGAUUGCGGCCCACGAGUACAAGGAUAUCCAGUGCGCUGCUACACGUUUGCCAUCCUCCCAACGUCCCACAGGAUAUGGCCUUGGGCACCACUCGUAUCGCGACCGACUAUACUCCUUCGCCGGUAUGGUCUCGCUGGCAGACAUUGCUCGCCGACCUGCUUUGCUACGGGAUCCCGAUGUCUGCUUUCGAUUGCGACCCACGAGUUUAAAGAAUAUCCACUGCCCUAUUCCACGUUUUUCAUCCUCCCAACGUCCCUGGCAACGUCCUGCGGGCAGACGGGAACGUGCUCUUCUCCCGCCACUGCUGAUGUCCAUUUUCGCUGACGGAGCAUGGGAAGGACGUUACAGCCAGUGUUUCCAAAGGUAUUAUGCGCAGCUUCGGUCGCAUGAAGACACUGCCCGCACAACUUGUCCCUCGCGAAGGCUUCUGCAAUGCCGUCUGUACGGAGAACGGCACGGCUUCGUGCAGAAUUACAUGUACGAUGAAAAGCACGAUGACUUCUUUACGAUGGCACCCAACCCGAAUGCAUCGAACCCGCACUGGUGGAACCAUGCGGAGCCAGUCUGGGUCACGGCCGAGAAGAACGGCCUGCGCACAGCAAUGUACUGGUGGGAUGGCUGCCAGGUGGAAAUACGAGGCGUCAAGCCCACGAAAUGCAUUCAAUACAGGGAUUACUGGCAGUGGCCCACGGUUGAAAAUGACACUAAAGCCGCGCUGUCUGAAAUAGUGGACAAUUUUAAACAAAACAAAUUAGAUUUUGCACUUGUUUAUUACGAAGCCGUCGAUGCGGAAGGGCAUGGCAGUGGUCCUGACUCCAUGGAGCGACGACGAGCGCUCAAAAGCGCCGACAAUGUCAUCAAACAUCUGCUUGACGAAGCCAAGAGGCAGAACAUUCGCGAUCAGCUCAGCCUCAUCGUGGUGUCUGACCAUGGCAUGACCGACACCACAGAAGGAAAGUUCGAGCUGAUCGACAUCGAGCCUCAUAUUGACGCCAACGACAUUCAUUCCAUGCUUGACGGCGGGUCGUUCGCCAUGCUUCGGCCCCACCCGGACAAGAUUGAAAAGAUAUACGCCAAGCUCAAAAGCUUGAACAUCAAGGGCCUCAACGUUUUCAAGAGAGAAGAGCUGCCUGAGUUGUACCAUCUCAAGGAGACUUACUUGACGCAACCCAUUGUGCUCACAGCAGAUCCGGGAUACCAGAUCAAGAAGCUUCAAGGAACUGAUAAGCAGGUGCCCCAGUCAAGUAGGAUAUACAAGGGAAAUCACGGAUACGACCCCAUGAAGCUCGAAGACAUGCGUGCCAUCUUUCUGGCCACUGGUCCAGGACUGAAACAGGGUUUCCAGGGCGGGCCUGUGCGUAUGGUGGACCACUACAACGUCAUCUGCCGGCAGCUGGGCAUCCAGCCGCUCGAGAACAGCGGCAGUCAGGACAGUGUGCGGGACAUGUUUACGGGUGGAGCCAGUGGAAGCGCGGCCGCUUCACUCUCUCUUCUCCUAGUCCCCAACAUCCUGCUUGCGGCACGCGGUUACUUAUACCACUGAUGGCACACUGACCCACUGGUAGAAGAAGAAACGUAAUUGUUGACCGCUGGUACGGUCAUUCGCCGUGUCGUUUUAAUUGCUUUUACAAGCCCCUCAUGCUCUUCUUUUUAAAUUUAGUAGUACUAUGCACCCAGCGCACAACGCGUUUUAUUUGAGGUUCUCAUCGUGAUCGAUAUUGUUUUAACCCAACGUCUCUCUGUGUCGUAGAGGUUUCCAAACUGGCCUAAGCAGGCCCCGAACAAAACGCCGCAGCUGCUAAAGCUGAUCGAACAAGCACUGCUCUGAGGUAUGCCACCUUUCUCUUGAUGUGCAAA